UUUUUUGUCAUUGCAUUGACUCUGCUUAGCAUUCUCAUUCAACGCAAAGCAAACUUGAUGGCCUCCUUCGUUCCAUAGCUUUCUCACUCAGAUUCCUACCAUGGCUCAACCCGAAACAUCCUCCUACAGUUCGGCUUCGCAAUGUUUAGCCCAAUCCGAAAACGAAUAUGUUAAGAUCGAACACAGCAAGGACCGAGGCCGAUAUUUUAUUGCAAAGACAGACGUACCUGCUGAAACAGUGGUACUAAAGUCUUACCCUUACGCUACAGCCAUCUUCGAUACCCAACGAAAAAGAGUCUGUGCGCACUGCGUCUACGUACAUCCCACCAAAUCUUUCUCUCUACAUUGUAAGCAAUGUGAUCAAGUAUAUUUUUGUUCCCAACAAUGCCACGAUGAGUAUCUAGGAUCUGGCACAGCACAGGGAGUCAACCACCAACGGAUCUGCGCACCUUUACGUAAGCUUGCCACGUUGAAGGCAGAUAAGCAUAUGAAGUCAGUAACCAAGAUGAUUUUACAUUUGUUCUGGGAGCGAGCUCGAAAUGAAUGCGGCGUGCAUUGGUCCCGUAGUCAAGCACAAUGGUGGGAAGUCGGAGAUACUGAUAUUACCCGAGGUCUGGAAGACCUCAACUUAAGAAAAGACAUUGCCCCGGUGGAAUCCAACUUUGAUAUGGUUUUAGCGCUUGAGUCACAUUAUCAUCGUUGGACGACGGACGAUUGUCAAUCCUGGAAGCGUCUCUACACCUUCUUACAUACUUCUUUGACUGAAUGCGGUCUGUUGAAGGAAUCCGAUACCAUGGAUUUCAUAAUGCACUUAAUUUCCCGCGUUGAAUCCAAUGGGUUUGGAAUGUAUUGGGCCAAACCUAGCAAGAAACGGGAUCAAGAUCCAUUUGGUCGAGCGUUGUUUCCACAUGCAGCAUUCUUUAACCAUGAUUGUGACCGCAACUGUGAAGCCACUCAACUUAUUGGUGAUGACGGAACCUCAGAAGUAGAGGAACCAGCUGCCGAAACGCCUGUAGAUACAGCAGAAGAGCAGCAGCUGGAAUUGAAAGGUGAACCAGAUCAAGAGCAACAAGCCAAAGCUAUUGUUGUACCUUCUGUUUUCGACUCUCCUCGAGGCGCUUUUCGACUUAUGCUGGUACGCACACUACGAGUUGCUCAAGCUGACAAGCCGUUGUGCAUUUCGUAUAUUGACUGGGACCAGCCUGUAGCCGCACGGCGACGCAAGCUGCUGGAAGAAUACUUUUUUGAAUGCAUGUGCGAGAGAUGCGUCAAGGAAAGUCAGGUUAAACCUAAAACAAAGAAAUCAAGUAAUAAGAGACAUGUCACGGUCUCGAAAACGAAUAAACCUGCACGAAUAGAUGGGCUGUGAAAAGUUGCAACUUUAGAUCCAAAAACCAUCCGAAUUAUUAUAUAACCAAUUUUAUGUACAGUUUUCCCUAUGUGAUGAAAAAAAAGCGAUCAAGCGAUCUUGACAGCACAUUUUGUUGGCACUGUUACAAAGAAA